GAGUUAGGGUUAGGAGUUAGGGGUUAGGGUUAGGGUUUAGGAGUUAGGGUUAGGGUUAGGGUUUAGGACUUAGGGUUAGGGGUUAGGGUUCUGGGUUUAUAGCUGCUGGUAAUGAUGAUGCAGUCGGGGGAUUUUAAGCACUGUUCCUCCAGCACUUGUAUUUUUACAGUCAAGUCUCAUGAAACGAUGAUGGAAAAAGUCAAAUUGACUCAUUUUAAAUCAUUCAAAAAGUCAAAAUGACUCUCAUUCAGCGUUUCAAAAGUCAACGUGAUUCAUUUUAAAUACUUCAAAAAGUCUACACUUCUGGUCUAGUUACAGUGCAGAACUUGUUGCUCAGUCAGCUCAUGUGGUGGUGUUUCCUGGAGGGAAUCAGUGUACAGGUUCUACAGUUCUGCAUUUAGAGGAGGUUUUGAGCUCCUGAGCAUGUCUACAUGUGUGAAACAUAAUAACAUUGAUUUCUUUGUUUAAAGGAAGCGAGAUGACUACGUCCACAGACAUGGUGAGUAUGAAGAUCACGCCUGAGGUCCUGCAGGAGCUGCUGCGCUAUUACAACCUGUCCCGUCAGGAGUUCAUCCACACGUACAAUAUCCGGCCCCUGGUGUACGUCCCCGAGCUGCCGGCCGGAGCCAAGGCCAUGUUCGUCAUCAUGUACACGCUGAUCUUCAUGCUGGCGCUGGUGGGAAACAGCCUGGUGGUGUGUGUGGUGGUGAGGAAGGGCUCAAGUCAGAGCGCCACCAACAUCUUCAUCUGCUCUCUGGCCAUCAGUGACCUGCUCAUCACCUUCUUCUGCAUCCCCUUCACUCUCCUGCAGAACAUCUCAGCUCAGUGGCUCGGAGGUGUCUUGGUGUGUAAGACAGUUCCGUUUGUCCAGACCACAGCGAUUGUGACGGGGAUUCUCACUAUGACGUGUAUCGCAGUGGAGAGAUAUCAGGGUAUCGUCCAUCCACUCAAAAUGAAGAGGCAGUACACACCACAGCGAGCCUACAGGAUGCUGGGAUUGGUUUGGCUGAUCUCAGUCAUGGUGGGGUCACCCAUGCUGUUUGUCCAGCAGUUAGAGGUGAAAUACGACUUCCUGUAUGAGAAUCAUCACGUGUGCUGUCAGGAGCUGUGGAGCUCAGAGCUUCAGAGGAAGUCUUAUACCACCUUCAUCAUGGUGGCUCUGUUUGUGCUGCCUCUGGCCGCCAUGUUGUUCCUCUACACACGCAUCAGCAUCGAGCUGUGGAUCCGCAAGAGGGUGGGGGACGCCUUCGUCCUCCACACCAUCAACCACACCCAGAUCAACAAGAUCUGCAGGAAGAAGAAGCGUGCGGUGAAGAUGAUGAUCACCGUUGUGCUGCUGUUCACCAUCUGCUGGGCUCCUUUCCACACCGUCCACAUGCUGUUCGAGUACAAUAAUCUGGAGCACAAGUAUGACGAGGUGACCCUGAACAUGAUCAUGGCCGUGGUUCAGGCCAUCGGUUUCUCCAACUCUUUCAACAACCCCAUCGUUUACGCCUUCAUGAACGAGAGCUUUAAGAAGAGCUGUGUCUCGGCUGUGUCCGCAAUCCUGCGCAGGAUGAGAGUGCACAACGUCAGAGUUCACUUCACCAAGCCUCGUCACGCCACCAGCGCUAACGCUAACACCAACAGCUUGGAACUCCAUGACCAGACCAGUUGAAUAUUAUAUAAAGUGUGGGUGUACUGAUCUUUUGGGCAUUUGGGAUGUGAUAUAAGGCCGUGUUCAUCAUCACAAUUAUUACUGAGUUCAGGAGGAGGCUGAGUACAUACAUCUCUGAACUCCUGAGAGAAAUUCACACACAUCCUGGAAGACGACAUGAGGACAUGAGUUCUUACAGGAAUCCUUAUUCUGGACAAAUGAAGGAUGCA